CUUGCAACACGAUAAAAACUAAAAUUCUAGAGAGAGAAAAUAUGGUGCAAGAAGACGAAACGAUGCGAAAAGGUCCAUGGACAGAACAUGAAGAUUAUCAAUUGGUAUUUCACGUUCAUAUGUUUGGAGAUCGACGAUGGGACUUCAUAGCAAAUGUUUCAGGUUUGAAAAGAACAGGAAAGAGUUGCAGACUGAGAUGGGUUAAUUAUCUGCAUCCAGGUCUCAAAAGAGGAAAGAUGGCACCUCAUGAAGAGCGGCUUGUUCUUGAACUUCAUUCUAAAUUUGGCAACAGGUGGUCAAAAAUUGCAAGAAAACUACCAGGAAGAACUGAUAAUGAGAUCAAGAACUACUGGAGAACUCAUAUGCGAAAGAAAGCUCAAGAGAAGAAAAGAACAACAUUAUCUCGAUCUUCAUCUCCAUCUUUCUCACACAGUUCGUCUUCAUCGUCAAUCUGUACCAGCAAUCCUACCAUUGAUUCCAUGCCAAUGAUCGAGACCAAAGAACGAAGUUUUUAUGACACUGGGGGAGUCGAAAUGUUUAGUGUUAUGAAAGGCAAAAAUAAGAACAACAAUAAUAGUUUCAAGAAAGCUGCUACCAGGGUUAGUGAUUCUAGUGAUGGACACGAAGGGUAUUGCUCAAUGGAUGAUAUAUGGAAGGAUAUAGAUUUAGAUUUAUUAGAAGAUGAUCAUAGUAUAAAACCAGUUUUUGAUCCUUAUAGCGAAAUAGCAGUACCUUCACUUACAUGGGAAUAUAAUUACUGUUCGAGCACUUCGUGGACGUUCAAUGGCCAAGAAGAGUUCGGUAAAGACAUGAUUUCCCUAACAAGCCAACAAUUUAGCGCAGGAUUAACCGACUAAUUUAUUUGAUUAAUUAAUUUUGGUGUGGAUAGAUGCAAUAAAUUUCACUGAAACACUCUCCAGUUUAUAAUUAUCUCUCUUUAGAUCUUUAUUUGAAAAGCUUCUUUGUAAUAAUGUCUCUUGCAUGCA